AUGAAGGAUGUUAGAUGUCCUAUUUGUCUCAAACUAGAAACACUCGAUCGACAUGAUCUUAUAUGUAGUGAUUGUAGUAAAGAUAGGUUGGAGAUAAUACGGAAUUCAUGUAUCGAUAACGAUAAAACCAACUAUGAUCAAAGAAGGGAGAUAAACGAGAUAUUUGAUGUUAUUAGUAAAAUAAAGAAUAAUGAUAUUGAUAUACGACAACAUUAUGAAACCAGAGGCAUCGACACAUCAUAUAGCUCCAUUAAAGUACUAGCAUUGCAACUUUUGAAGUUAGAAUUAAUAAAUUCUCAUAUAAAAAUCAAAAACAUCGAGAGAUCUACUGAGUCACUACAGCAGAAAGUUAUUAGUUUAAAUGAAAAAAUAGUCAAUUGUGAGGAGGAUUCGAGUAAAUGGAAUUCACAGUUGAAAAAUAUGAAUAAGAGGAUGGUGGAAGAAUACCAGAAGAAUAUGAAAGACGUUUCUGGUGAAAUGUACGUGAUAAAGCAUGAGAAGAUUAUAAGGAUUUCCAAACAAUCGAUACAAAUACAGUAUAACAAUUUUAAGAUAUUCAAAGAGUUGGUGUUCACUGAUAAGUCUUCCCUUGCCAAAAGUCAUUUGCUUUUCUUCAAUCAACCCAUAAUAAAGAUUUCUGAUUUCUUCCAUUUCAACACCAAGCUAUUCCAAUUAAAUCAAUUCAUCGAAAAUCUUAUUCGGUUACAACUAAAAUUGGUGGAUAUGUUCAACUUCAAAUUACCAUAUAUGGAAGAAUUGAAAGGUUAUUUACCCGACUCGGAGUUUUUCAAUCUCGUUCAACAGAAGGAGAGUUUUAUGAUAAAUGAUGGGAAAAUUGAUGUUGAUGAUGAAAGAGAGGAGGUGAUACCAAUGGAUAUAAAUGAGGUUGAUAAUGAAAGAGUGGUGAAGCUUGGAAAUGAAAUCAAACUACCUUUAUCAUCGAAAACCAUCAAUAGUCAAUUAAGACGUGCAAGUAUAAUAAGGCGAAAUAGUGCUCUGCCUUCUCCACAAACCCCCAAUGGUUCUCCAAUAAAGAAACAGAAUUCUCCAAAACCAAACUUCGAUGCACCUUUGACUACAUCGAUAUCUCCAAGAACGAUACCCAAAAAUUCCCCUCCACAUGCCAGUCCCGAAAAACCUACUUUGAAGAGAAGUAUCACAGGUAAGAAAGUGGUUAUUGUGCCUCAUAAGAUAUUGACCAAGCCUUUCACUAAAUUGUCAUCUAAAGAAUACCUUAAAUUUCUCCUGAUACUAGUUAAAAUCAUCAUCAACUUCCAAACUAUUUUCUCCCACACUAUUGAUAUCAUACCCAAGACCAAUAAUUUGAUUUUUGAUACGUUAAAUCAAUUGAGAGGUAAUGACGAUAAAUAUUCAGACUACAGUUUUGACAAGAUCUUAUGGAAAAUUUAUUCAUUGAAUGUUUAUUUCGAUUAUAAAUUAUCAAUCAUUGAUUUGAAAAGUCCUGAUACUAGUACAUCUUCAAUCACAUCCUCGCCUAAUUUAUCUUACGAUGAUGGCAUUGAUACAAUAGACAAAAUUGAUUUGAAGAAGAAACCUUCUCUUCAAUCAAGUAAACUUCAUAAAUUAUACAGUAAUCUAUUCAAAGAGUCCAUGACUAAAAAAGAUCAAGAAAUUUAUGGUAAUUUCAGUGGGAAAUUAUCUCGUAAACCUUCCAGUAUCAUUCCACCGUCACCUAAUAACUUACAAGUUGCUGAAGAGAACAAUACCGUAGACUUGAAGGUCAUGACUAGAGAUAUUCAUGAUAUAAUGGUCAACGCAAAAGACCGAUUCGAUUUAAAUUCAGUUUUUAAAAAUCCCAAAUUAACUUCCGAUACUCUCCAAAUGAUGGCACAACUGAAAGUUCAACUUGAAGAUUGGGACGUCAUUAGUAAGAUGUACUAA